AUGAUGACAGAUUUUCGCAGUUGUCAACAACAGUAUUGUGAUGGUCCAUCGGUUUCACCAACACCUGUUUCUGUUUCAUCUUAUGGUGCCUAUUUUCAUCCGAACAGUGCACAUAGUCCAGCGACUCAAUUAUAUUCAACUGUUGAUGGACAAUAUGCUGCUGUUGCUCAAUUUGUACCAUCUUAUGCAUCACAAUUUUAUCAUCAUCAUCAUCAUCAACAACAACAACAACAACAACAACAUCCAUAUUCAACAAAUAUUCGUACAUAUACAACAUAUGAUAUUGAUUCAUCAUCAACAAAUCCAACUACAAAUACAUCAACAUCAUCAUUUUUACCACAUUAUUCAAGUUUACAACAAACGAAUUCAUCUUAUAUUCAUAUUCGAGCACCAUCACUUUCUCCACCAUUACCUUCAUCUGAACUUAGUUCAGAUAAAACUCUUAUUAAUAAUACAAAUAAUUUUUAUCCACCACCACAAUUACAAUCAUCAACAACAAUUUCACAUGUAUCACCAACAAGUUCAAUAAUGUCAUCUUCAGCAGCUGGAUCACAAUCUCCAUCAAGUCAUUCAUGUGAUGAACAAUCAAAUUUAACAUUAACACCACAUAAAAAUGAACUACAUACAAGUACAACAACUGAUCCAAAUAAUACAUCAAUAUCUGCUACUGGUUCAUGUGAUGGUACUCGUCGUUGUCUUUUAUGGGCAUGUAAAGCUUGUAAACGUAAAACAGUUACUGUUGAUAGACGAAAAGCUGCUACAAUGCGUGAACGACGACGUUUACGUAAAGUCAAUGAAGCAUUUGAAACAUUAAAAAGACGUACAUGUCCUAAUCCAAGUCAACGUUUACCAAAAGUGGAAAUUUUACGUAACGCUAUUGAAUAUAUUGAAAAUUUAGAAGAUUUACUUCGUUCUGCUGGUGUUACUUCAAGACCAUUAAAACAUGAUUUAGAUCAAAAAUCAGCAACAACAACAACAAAUACCAAUGAAUUAUUAAAAUCAAGAUCUUCAACGACAAACUACAGUGAAAAAUAUAAUAAUAAUACAACAGGAGCAACAACAUCAAUAACAACAACUGAUUAUAGUAAUAAUUCCUCAACAUCAUCUGCCUAUGGUACAAUUGAUAAUUAUGCUGAAGUCGUAUUACCACAUCAUACAACAUCAACUGUAUCAAGUCUUGAUUGUUUAUCAAUGAUUGUAGAAAGUAUUGAUCCAAAUAAACUUGUUAGUUCAUCUACAACGACAAAUGGAACAUCGAACAAUACUAUUUUAAAUCGAUGUUGUUGA